UUUAUGUCACCUUCAUUUCUAGUCAGGCGACGGCGCGUCAUGACAUCAUGGAACCAUUCGCCACGCCGAGCGAUAAGGCAGAGUCGGUAACGAAAAAUCCCGGCGUCGUCGUCGUCGAUCAGCCCGUCAUCGCCGCGACGUCGCCCGCCGAGUCCACGACGUCCAAGCCUUCAGCCGUCCACGGCGACGGUCACCCGCCCAAGUCCCAUCACCAUCAGCAUCAUCAGACUGCCCAUCAUAAUGCCCAGAAUUCCCAGGGUACGCACACGAGCAAGAGUCUGGCACAGGUCGCGGCUAAAUCCAAUAGCCAAUUGCGCAAAAUGAGCACGAUGAUGGAGGAGGAGAGUUCCGAUGACUUAAACAACGAUUGUUUAAACAGCCACCUGGACAACGACUCGGACUCGCCGUACGAGGAACGCGGCCGACUCCUGGGUCCCUGCUCAGCGACGAGUCGCGGCGGCAGCCUCCACGGCAGCGCGGAUAGCUUCCGGGACAAAUCGCCACCUACGCAGCGACCGAGCACCGGCCGUCAGCUCAGGGCCCAGCAAACGAGACACUGCAACAGACAUCCCAGCAUGCGCUCGCUCAAGUCCAGCUCCACCAGCGACGAGCACCACUGCUGCCCGCAACAUCAACAGCAGUUGCAGCAGUUGUAUCCACCGAACGCGUGCAACAGCUGGGGCUCGAUCCUGUUCCCGGAGAACGGCCACGGCAUGUCCACGAGGCCCUACCCCCCGGACUCCGUGUCGAUUCGCUCUCUAGCCUCCAUCGGGAUGGGUUCGUCCGACGGCAGGAGGCUCACCGUCAGGAGAGUGCCAACAUCGCCUUCCGAGCUUCUCAACAUGGUGCAUCCACCCACUCCAAUAGAGGAUGACCUUUCGACGUGCACGAGUUUCGACGACGGCGACGCCGAGGAUCCAGGAGAGUAUCGCCAGCCGAGGAGGCCACACUGGGAAAACAAAGUGCAAUUCGUACUCGCGUGCAUUGGUUAUUCUGUUGGCCUUGGCAAUGUUUGGAGGUUUCCUUAUCUGUGUUAUAAGAGUGGAGGAGGUGUAUUUCUAAUACCUUACUUUUUAAUACUCAUCGUAUGCGGGGUGCCGCUACUCUACAUGGAGCUCAGUAUUGGACAAUUCACUCGUCGUGGGCCGAUUGGUGCUCUCGGGCAGAUAUGUCCUCUCUUCAAAGGAGCUGGUCUAUCAUCCGUUGUAAUAUCCUUCCUGAUGUCCACCUACCACAACGUCAUAAUAGCCUAUGCAAUAUACUACUUCUUCACGGGCUGUAAACCAAUACAACCGUGGUCGAGAUGCCGAAACAAGUGGAAUUCGCCGGACUGCUGGUCGGCCGACAUUAUGACUAACAACACCCGACCGAAACAUCCCAAGAUACCAUCUGCGGAGUUUUUCGAUAACAAAGUGCUCCAGAUAAGCUCCGGAAUCGAGGAGCCGGGGAUGUUGAGGUGGGAACUCGCAGCCUGCCUGAUAACCGCCUGGGUAAUCGUUUACUUCUCCAUAUGGAAGUCGAUAAAGUCAUCGGCACGCGUCAGGUACCUCACGGCAACACUCCCAUUCCUAUUAAUAUUCAUCUUUCUCACCCGGUCCCUCACCCUCGAAGGCGCUGAUAAGGGUCUGCAGUUCUUCUUUCGGCCGGAAUGGCAACUACUUAAAGAUGCCAAGGUUUGGGUUAAUGCAGCAGCGCAAAUAUUUAAUUCCGUGGGUAUUGCCUUCGGUUCGAUGAUCUGCUUCGCCAGUUACAAUAGAUUUCACAACAACAUUCUCAUCGACACUCUGGCCGUCUCAUUAAUUAAUGCAUGCAGCUGCCUUCUCGUCGGCAUAUUCGCAUUUGCCACGAUUGGCAACAUUGCCGUUGAACAGAAUAUGACUGUUCCGGAAGUCCUAAGUGACGGACCCGGACUAGUCUUCGUCGUAUAUCCACAAGCUUUGGCGAAAAUGCCAUGGCCACAGUUGUGGGCAAUGCUCUUCUUCUUUAUGCUGGUCUGCUUGUCCCUAAACAGUCAGUUUGCAAUUGUUGAAGUCGUAGUGACGUCGAUACAGGAUGGAUUUCCCAAAUGGGUGAAGAAGCAUCUACUCUGCCACGAAAUGUUAGUCCUUCUAGUGUGUAUAGUCUCCUUUUUAUUUGGUUUGCCGAAUGUAACGCAGGGUGGUAUUUAUUUCUUCCAAUUGAUAGAUCAUUACGCAGCCUCCAUUUCCAUAAUGUUCCUGGCAUUUUUCGAAAUAAUCGCCAUCUCGUGGUUUUACGGUGUGCGUCGAUUGUGCAAUAAUGUAAAGGAAAUGACGGGACGCGUACCGUCGAUAUAUUUUCGUUUUUGUUGGUUAAUUGCUGCUCCUCUUCUCAUAAUGGCUGUAUGGGUAUUCAGCUUGAUCGAUUACGAGCCGCCACAUUACAUGAAAUCGGACGGCAAAUACAAGUACCCGUGGUGGGCGGAGGCCGUCGGCUGGGGAAUCGCAUCGCUUUCCCUCGUCUGCAUUGCUGCCUUUGCCAUUUGGGACGGGGCCACGUUUAGCGAAAAGCUACGAAACUCCAUAAAGCCCGACUUCGAGGCCUGCGAAGUAUGCGGACAAGAGUACUGCACGGAGCCAUCGCACAGCACCGACGAUGACGUGCUCAAGGAGCCGCUCCACGAAAUGAACAACGUCAUCCAGGUGGUACCGAGUUAUCAGUCGCCAAAGGCGCAGCUCUAAAGUGAGACAAAAGUAGCCCGUUACUAAUAAAACGUAAUGCUUUUUCUCUUUUCAACUCUCUUUCUUCCUCACUGUUUUAAAUACAACGAUGAGUUACAUUAGAAGUUUGUCAGUUAUACGCGUUCUUCGACAUCCCAGGGGACCAUCUUAUGAUAUUUAGACGUCCUCACCUUAUGUUAGCGAGCAAAGAAAGGGGACAAUUAGAUUUCUCCAUUCAUUUGUGCCGAGAGUUACGACAAAAUGAUAUUAAGUUAUAAACUUCUCCUUUAUUCCUUAGACAUUCCGAUUGUCAGCUUUACGUUAUACGACGGAGUAAGCGAAGCGACUCCUAAGUCAUUCAAAUAAAUAAUUUAGACUUGUGCGGAAGGCAAAAGCGAGGAUGUGAACUCGAAUAAUGAAAUACACAGUGUUUUCUUCAUGUGAACCGAAUACAGUUUUCUUAAUGAACGUUCCUCUUCUAUUAUUAUUCUAUUUCUAUUAUUCUCAAUUUAUGUCCAUUUGGAAUUUCAUCCGUAAACUUUACAUUACAAUAAGAACAAUGUCUUAGAUAAAAAAUCUUAUAAAAGUAUAUAUACACAACAAAAUAUUAAUUUUAAAAAUAUAUAAUGCAAGCUGAGUGCUGCAUUAUAGUCCGAAUGCUGAAUUUAUCUUGACAAAUGCACGAGAGAAUAUAUAAAUUUUUACGAAUGAUGUUGCAACAUCACUCACCGCGUUAUAGAAACCCCAAGCUUGAAUAUUUGCAAGUGGAUAGUUUCGAUUAAAAAUCAUUUGAAAAUUGCAAGAGUACAUCAGUGGCUGUUUAAAGAGUUUCAAAAGAGUGAGAAAAUUGUAAGAAAAGCUUUUCAUCGACAAAUAUGUCAAUGAGUGUAAGCAUCAAAGUGGCACAUAAUAAAG